UUCUGAUUGGCUAGCUGUCAAUGUUGACCCCGCCUUCCCAGUUUAGCCGGAAAAUGAGUGACACGCAGCUAGGACUGCUAAAUCAUGGCAGCAUUUAUGGAACGUUUAUCUUUCCUGCAGAAAAUCCCCACCUUGAUGAAGGCAACAGCAGAUGAUGAAGCUCCCUGUCCUGGCUACCUUUUCCAGGAGAUUGGAAAAAUCUGCCACGAGUCGUCUGGUUAUGGCCAGUGUUUGCUGGAAUAUCUCCUGGAGAGGCUUCAGGUGGAGUCGUGUCACGUCAAGCUGAAGGUGCUGAAGAUCUUCAUCCAUCUGUGCGGACACGGCUCAAAGCACUUCCUCACGGAGCUCAGAAGGAACUCCACCUUCAUCCAGCAGGCGUCGAUUUACAGCGGCGCUCCAGAUCCCGUCCACGGCACGGCGCUGUACCAGAAAGUGAGGAGUGCAGCACAGGAAGUGGCCCGUUUACUUUUUACGGAUGCAGUUUCCACCAAAGACAGCAUCGCUCCUCCCACCACAGGCCCAGCAUCUGUGGGAAUGGGGUCAGCAGGCUCCCAAAGGUCGGGGUUGCAGGGAUUCGGGUACAGUCCGGGGAAGCAGGGGACAGGCAGCGACACCCUGCUGGAUAAGAUCCAGAAGGCUGCGGAGGUGGUGGCCAGCGCCGUCCUUCCUCCCACCGAGCACCAGGGCAUCCGUUUGCAUGAGAACCACUACCGGGCAGUCGUGGCGCCGUCCGCACCCAUAGAGGUCGCCGUGGCAGCAUGCGCUUAUAACCUGCCCACUCGCAGACCAAAAGCCAGCCAGCGAUGCCCGGGCCAGGUGGGGGGCGGCUGGGAAGAGACGGACAGCAGCAACGGCUCCUCUCACAACUCCUCACAGGACAUGGCCGCCAACAGCACAGCUUCUGCUGGCAGCAAGUCAGCUGGCAGCAGGAGCCAAUCAGGAGCCAGCAGAGAGAGUAACGGGGACCCCUCUGAACGGACUGAAGCGCUGCAGCUGGGGGACUGUGGUCAGGAGAUGGCUUUGAUCAGCAGACUGACCGAAGGAUCCAAAGUUUUCCUGACCAGAGAGGAGAAUCAACACUUCCUGAAAGAGUGUUCUACUCUUAAUUGUGAAGUUGUGGUGGAGUUGCUCUCAAGCAAGCUUCAAGACCUAUCGUACACAGUUAAGAUGCGGGCUCUGUGUGCGGUCACCUGCCUCAUGACCUCCGACCUUCUUGCUCUGGAGCAAAUAUUCAGAGCGACUCAGCUCAGACUCUGCCAGCUCAGUGAGGGCCCUCCAGGACCGGUGGCCAACAAGGCUACCAAGAUACUGCGACAGUUUGAGGCUCUGAUGGGCGGACCGCUACACGCCACCAGACAAAACGCGGCGCAGAGCAGCCAUCAGGCAACGCCUAAUCAGUGUCACCCCUCUGCACACUUGGAGAGCUCAGAAGCAACAAACUCGGCCGACACCUUCUCUGGACCUAAUGAGUCUGAGCUCUCGUCCAGCAUCAUCCAACCGCAAAAUCUCCCGUCUUCGUCUUCCAGUCUGGAUGAGAGUUGGAGAGGCUCGACGUUAGAGCAAAUGGACGAUCUGGCCGGCAAUAAGGUCGAGUCAGUUAGGACUGCUGGAGACCCAGAGCUUACCGACAAAGAAAGUCCCUGUCUUACCUCUGAACCUGAGAGUGUGCCGGCCAAUCAGAGCAGCCUGAGUCUGUUUAGUGGGAUGGAGCUGGUGACCAGGGGGGCGGCGCCGUGCGGACGAGGCGUCCCGCACGCAGAGUCCGACAACACAGACGAGAGCGGACUUGACGCUGAAUGUUCACAGAACUCCUCCGUGGUUUGGAUUGAAGACAGAGAGGAGGAACCUUCAGGCUGCAGUCCGGUCUCAUCGGAUCCAGAACCGGUGUCCGUUUUCUCCUUUCUCAACUCUUGACUACCUGCUACACUUCUGUUCUAUGCUGAUGUCAAAUAUAUAGCCUUUCAGAAAGGGUUAUUUUAACUUAUUUUUUAUUUUAACCACUUACAACUUUACCCCACGUGCAACCAGUCAGGCAUAACAUUAUGACCACCAAUAUGGUUUUUUAAUUGCACCUUUCUGGCCAAUCACCAAUCUUUAAAAAGCUUGACCUCACAAACAACACCUACAGAUGCCUUAUCGAUCGGGCUGUUUGCUUGUAGGAAUAGCAUGAACUGAGUUCUGUCCAUUUCUGUCAGGAUUAACCCAUUUUAGUCAGCAACCAUGUUGAGUAAAAAGCAUCAAGAUGAUGCUGGAACAGGCGUUUUUCAGGAUCCAUAUGUGGAAGUGUCUUCUGUUCUAGCAGGACUGACUCUAGAGCCUUUAUUUGUGUCCAUAUUUUUAAAAUAUCUUAUUCUUUUUGAUAACUGUGGGAAAACUAUCGUAAUUUGUUUCACAUCGUCAACGAUUCAAAGGAUUUCCGGCUCAAAGUCCCUUUGAGGCCUUUAUAGUCAAGUCCUCAAGGGCCAGCAUCCUUCACCUUUUAAAUGUGUCCCCUGUCCAACACACCUGAGUCAAUAGCUAAACUACAUCCUCUGUAUGAAGUCAAGUUGUUCAAAGUGACCUAAAAAUGUGAGUUCAGGUGGUUUGAAGCAGAGUCUAAAAGCCCUUGAGGACCAGAGUUUGACACCUGCUCUUUAAAGGAUCUUGGUGCCAGACACCAAAGCACACCCUAAGUUGAGUCCAUGUCUUAACUGGUUGUGGCUGAUGAACACACUACUUGACAAGGGUCAUAUUAUUAUGCCUGAACAGUGUCCCUGUUAGAUUAACUUUUUUUUUUGUCUGUUUGCUGCUUUCAACAACAAACUCAGUCAAGAGUCGGACUUGGAAAACUACAGAGAAGCAUGUCUGUCCUGACGGGGGGCUGAGGGUUUGCAAACUUCGAUGCCUUAGGUUUAUUUUCUGUGAAGUAUUAUAACAGCUGGGGUUGUAUGAAAUAACGGGAUAUCAACAUGCCUUACAAUGUUGAAAGGCAGUAGGCACAGAAUCAGAGAUUCAGAGAACAAAGAUUGUUUUUCAGCUCAUGGUUGCUUUAUCUCAGGAUUCUUUUUGUGUUUUUUUUUAAAGUAACAACCAACACCUCUGGUGCAUGUUGUGAACCUUUAAGGGAACCUCCUAUUUGUGAUUUGCACUACAGAUGCUUUUCCUUUAACUUCAAACCUUGGAAUGAAAUUAGUCUUCCAUAUGUUUUGUUACUAAGUUGUUAUGUGGGUGUUAAUUUUUCUUUACAUGAGGAAAAUGUCUGGAUAAUUGUAGUUGAAAGGUUGUAAUGUGCAUGAUUUAAAGUUGAAUGGAUUAUUUUUUAUAUUUGGGGUUCUGAGUGUUUGAAGCAUCUGCAGUCUCUUCAAAUGUCACGUUACAUUUACAGACUACAGUAAAGUGCAGUACAACUUUAUGUAAAAAAAUAAACUGCUUCAGUGAAUACAAACCAUGCUGCUGAACAAUAAAACAUGCUGUACUUUUGCUACAGCACAACCGCU